GUCGACUUGCAGUCUAGUGCAGUUAAUCGGUCGUGUAACAACGCCGGAUUGUGUUCCAGCAGCAGCAGCGUAAUGGAAGCCGACAUCAAUCAGAUGUUCAAAGAGCACGACAUCGUUCCGGUGUUGAUUGAUCGUGCUCCGCUGGUGUUUGCCAAGGUUGUCUACCGGUCCAAGAAACUGGUGGACGCUGGAAAGGAGCUAUCGCCGGCCGAGGUCCGUAUCGAGCCCAAAGUUGAAUGGUGUGCCGAUCCUAUCUUGUUCUACACGCUAAUUAUGAUAGAUCCAGAUUCACCGAGCCGUACGGAGCCAUUGAACCGGGAGUUUGCUCACUGGAUUGUGGGCAACAUUCCCGGCAAGCACGUUGAGCAAGGCGAAGUCCUGUUCGAGUAUCUGCCGACGUUUCCUCGCUCGGGAACAGGCUUCCAUCGGUACAUCUUCCUUUUGUAUCAGCAGUACUGCAGGAAUGAUUACUCAGAAGUGCCACGAGUCUCCCGAAAAAAUCGAACACCCCGGCUGUGCUUUUCGACGCGUGACUUUGCCCGCCGCUACAGUCUUGGUCAUCCGAUAGCCGGCAACUUUUUCAUCGCCCAGUUUGACGAGUACGUCCCGGUCAUACUGGCGCAAUUUCCGGCGUCCAACGAGUACUGAGACGAGUUAAAGUUUAUGGCCGUUUGAUGGCACGACGGAACUGAUUACAAAGUGUACCAAGCUGAUAUUUUUUGUCUGUACUAGCUGAUAGUGUAAACGUGUGUUCACUCACUUUACGAGUGAUCGCCACGUGAAUAGUGUGACAUAAUUGUGUUUGUUGAUGUUUUUGCAAUAAAAUUACCUUUCAAUAAGCGAUA